UGACAUAUGACCGAGCGAAUUGAAUCGUACUGACGAGAUACGAGAGCGAUUAAUUACGAUUAUUAUUCAAAAAAUGUUUUAGUGAUAAUGUACGCAAAAUAGAAAUAUUAAUUAAGCGUCACAAAAUAAACUUUAUAAGUAUUUAGUAAGGUUGAAUUAAAAAUGAUUUUCUAACGAUUAAACAAAACUAAGUUUGUAGACAUGUCGGAAACACAGGGAGAAACUAUACAAAGAGUACUGACAAAAGAUGGACCAAUAUGUGGAUUAAUUGAAAAUAAUGAUAACAAAACAUACUAUCAUUUUAAGAAAAUACCUUAUGCACUGCCACCAGUUGGGCCUCUACGAUUUAUGCCUCCCGUGCCUGUCAAACCUUGGAUAGAAGAAUUAGAUUGCACUGUAGAGCCAUCUCCUCCGGCAUCUUUCUUUUUCGAAGAAGUAAUUGGUUCAGAAGACUGCCUUUAUAUAGAAGUAUACACACCAAAAAAUACUACAGGUCAAUUACUACCUGUUAUGUUCUGGAUAGGAUCAUUUAACUUCGUUUUUAAUAUUGACCCGUUACUGGAUCCACGGUUAUUGGUUGAUAAAGGUGUUAUAUUUGUAAGAAAUGGAUUUCGAAUGGGGCCUUUCGGAUUUCUCUCCACCAAUGACUUUGUAGCACCAGGUAAUAAUGGUCUAAAAGACAUAAUUAUCGCUUUGCAAUGGGUUCAAAGAAAUAUAGAAUGUUUCGGUGGAGAUCCGAACAAUGUUACAUUAUUUGGCGCCAGUUCCGGUGGAUCCAUAGUGCAUUACAUGAUGCUGUCUCCCAUGGCAACCGGUCUCUUCCACAAAGCUAUUAUCCAAAGUGCCUGUGCUACGAACAAUUGGGCUCUAGACAAGAAUCCAAAACAAGCCGUAUUAAGAUUAGGAAAGAAAUUAAAUAUAUCAAGUUCAGAUAGCUCAGAAAUUGUAAGUAUUUUGAAAACUUUACCCCAAGAAGACAUUAUGAAAGCUUGUUUUAAACUACUAAGUCAUGUAGAAUUUGAAGAAUUUAUGUGCUAUGGCCUGUUUAAACCAUGUAUUGAAGAUGAAUUGGAAGGUAUAACGGUAUUCCUUUCAAAGAGUCCAGCAUUAAUUUUGAAAUCUGGCAUGGUUAAUAAAGUGCCGUUUGUAAUAGGUGCUUACAACUCUGAAGCAUGUGUCUUUGACUACCUCAAAAAUAACCUGUAUAUUCACGCAGACAUAAAAAGCGGGCCGUCACUACUGAAAUCGAUGGGAGAAAAUGUAUUCUUAAAAAAAAUGGGCCAGAAAAUUUUGAAUUUUUAUUAUAAUAGUCAAAACAGCACAGUUGUGGACAAUAGAUACGAAUAUAUACAAAUCAUGAGUGAUUACUAUUUUUUGUAUAACAUGAUUAAUGCAAUAAAGAAACACAAAGAAAUCGCACCUGAGAUUCCUAUAUAUUUUUAUAUUAUAAACUUCACCGGGGAAUGGACAGUUCCAAAAUAUCUGAACUUUUUCAACCAGGGAGGGCAUUCAGCCGAUAUUCCUUUUAUUUUUAAUGUGAAAACAAAAGAAGGCAGCGUUUGCAAAGGUAAUCGCGACUCAAUGUUGAUGAGAUGCAAAAUAAGUCAAAUGUGGACAAAUUUCGCCAAAUUUGGAAACCCAACGCCCGAUGAAGAUGAUCCACUACUAAACAUAACUUGGGACCCGGUGACCAGCAAAGAUGAGUUGAAUUAUCUCAGCAUAAGUCCAAACUUCACGAAAGGUGUUAACCCUUUCUAUGACAGGAUGACCUUCUGGGACGAACUUCACAAGGAGCACCUGUUCCUUCAAGUCCUUACACACUUCAAUGACAUCGGAGUUUGUUGGUAGUAUUUGAUAUUUUUAAUUAAAAAUUUUCUAUUACUGUUAUAAGACAUCCUAUGGGCUCAGUAAGUUUUUGAUAUACAAAAUAUUUGGUUUAAAAGCCAUUUCAUAUUUUUAGGCUCAAUUUUUAGUUUUUGGACACUUCAUUCGCCACCGUUGUGUUUAAUACUUGUAAAU